CCCCACCCCCAGUUCCUUAUCUGCUCCGUCAAGCAGUUUCCUGCACGUGUCCUGGGUGAGCAUUACGCCGCGAGUUGGCCCACUUUGCAACUAGCCGCGUUGGUUGCUCAACGUCGCGUGGUCGGAACAAUAGCGCGUGGUGACAGCAGCGGCAGCGGCAGGCGUGGAGACGCAGAAGAGCACGAGGGGAACGACGUUGAGGAUGUAAACACAGAACCGACGUCGGAACGUGGAUCAAGAACGGGGAGCAGUCGCACAAACCGCACACCCAUCGCGUCGUUCCGAGUCCAACGGCACCGAGAAGAUUAAUCGCAACGUGAUGCGUCAAAGCAACUGAAACUCGUGACAGGCACAGCAUAGCUGGGAAGAAGAAGAAGGUGGGGGGGGGGGGGGGGAGAGGAGAGGCGUUUAGAUUUUACAAAGCCUAACAGCCAGGGCGCAAACGCGAGCAUUUCCAGACGAGCGAGCGAGGGAAACAAAAUAAUAGUCUGAGAAGGAGAGGCCGAGACCCCAGUGGCACCUGCUGCUAUUGACGAGGAGGGAGGGCACCACAAGCCCGGCGCUGCUGAUAUCACCAACCAAUGCUGCAACUGAGACGACUAAAGCCCCCGCUGUCCAAGAGCCACGAGACCCACAGCUGGCAUGCGUUCAUAGCAAUCAUCAACGUUUGAGUGGGGGGGGGGGGGGGGGUAAAGUGGCAAUGUCUGACCAGCAACUAAAACAUUGGCGCUCAGAGUUUUUGACCGAGGUCGAGUCAUGGAUCCAGGAGCCGUUCAUCUCGGCGUGACGGGGACAGGCUGCCACCAUGCGAGACUCGACGUGCAGCCGCGACGAGGAGCUAUUGGAGAUCUGUGAAGAAGAGCUUCAUCGCUCAUCGGAUUUGUCCAGGAUAAAUGAUGAGUCUGAUGAUUCUGAGUCCCACCGAGGAUGUUUGUUUAGCGAUUCUCUUCGAGAACUGUUGAGAAGACGCUGCCAGAGUCUGUAGCGCGAGAAACUGCGGCUGAAGAACAGAAACUGAGAGCGUUUCUGACGGAGCCAGAUAUUUUGCUGCUGCUGCUUCUACUGCUGCUGCUGCUGCCCUGAACCCCCACGCCCUGGGAAGGUGGUGGACCUUUGGCGACUGGCGUCACCGGCAUAAAGGCGAAGUCCUGCCAGCAGCAUCACCCAUUAAUUCAGACGCCCGAUGCACAAGAGAUUAUGCAAUAAAGUCGCCGGGUCGUAUGAACUUUUUGUAGGUGUACGAUUUAUUUAAACAUAUAUGUGUGUGUGUGUGUGUUAAAGCGACGUUUUCUGGACCGUUCUUCAGUCUGGAAGAAGAUCACGUGCACUGCCGCGGGUGAAUGGCACCGUGGCUUUCCGAGGCGUUCGUUCCAUCCCUGUGCCUCUGUAGCCAUUGAGCCUGCAGGCUCACUGACCCGAGCCAGAACGCUCAACCACGCAACCUCCCGUGUGGUACCCGCGUGGAAGCCACUUAAAACCACCCACAGGCCUCUAUUAGACCUGCCUAUCCCUAUUAGACCGGCCCAUCUCCAUGAGAUUAGCCCACAUCUAUUAAACUUACCUACCCCUAAUAAAAGACCUACACAUCUCUAUUAGACCAGGUAUCCCAGUUGUCACCAUGGGCUGUCUAAGCUGCAAGCCGUCCACCGGGGCGGUCACGUCCAACGGGGCCGUGACCUCCUCGUCCACCGUCGUGACCCCGCCGUGCACAUCCGACUACGGCGCGGCCCUGAAGCCGGGCAGCUUGGACGCCGCGCCGCUGCUGGGAGGGACACGGAGGCCUUGCUCGGUGACGGGCAUCGCCGCCACGCGGGCCGACCCGGGGGGGCAGCCGGGGCCGCCGCCACCGCAACCUGCGCGGGCCGGCGUCGUGGCCAACGGGGGGCCUCGCUCCGUGGGGGGCUUGGGGCGCUGGGAGGCGCUCCACGGGGAGCUUAAGGUCCAGAACCGGGAGGACGUCUCGGCGGACGACUUCGUGCUGGAGGAGGUGCACGCCUCCAUCGAGGAGUGCCCCACGCGGCUCGAGGAGGACUCGGCGCUGGUGCUGCGCUACGUGACGCCGCACUUCACGGCGCGUGCGCGCGUGCGCGUGCCGCCCGUCCCGCGCGCCGCCGAGCAGUGGCACGUGGGCUGGAUCCAAGCGUGCACUCGGAUGACCUUCCACAACAUCUACGGAGACCUGGGCCUGUCGAGCUGGGAGCUGCCUCCGCUGCGCGACGGGCGAGUGCGCACGGUGAGCGACGCGGACGGCUCGCUCUACCCGUGGUACGGCAGCUCGGGCGAGGUCCUCACCGUCACAGGACCCACGCUCACCAACACCACCUUCUCGCUGGCCAUGAGCGACAACUUCUACCCGAGCGUCACCUGGGCCGUGCCCGUCUCGCUCGCCGCCACCGACGCCACCACGGGGUCGGCGCACAGAGAAGGAUCGUCCAGGGAGCAGCAGCAAGGGCCGCCGAGAGAGAGGCCCGUCACAGCACCGCCUCGGUGCGGCUCACGGCCUCCCACCACCACAACCACCGCCACAACCACCGACACCACCACCGACACCACCACCGACAGUGCCGACCCGGGAGGGGUCACGAGCAGCCAAAAAACGCCACGGACGCCGCCCAGCCGCGACCGUAGCUCGGCGCGGCCCGACGGUGCGACGCGCGAAGCCCCGCUCGACCGCAGCGGAGCCGAUGACAAGACCACGACGACGACGGCGGCGGCAUCGUCAUCGUCGUCGUCGUUCACGGAGUCCUCCACCCCCUGUCUGGUCUCGCCGGGCGAGCCGGCGCUCACCGUCGUGGUGCGCGACCAGAGCUUCGUGUCGUGGCUGGCGGCGCGCUGCGGCGGCGAUUCGGCGCGCCCCGUGGUGCUCGCCACCGUGUCGUGGCGCAUGCGGCUCCGCGUGGCCGUGGAGCCGGGGGCGCCGCUGGGCCAGCGCGCGCGCCUCCUGGGGCCGCCGCUGCAGGAGCCGCCCCGUGUGUGCCGCUACGGCGCGAAGGGCCGCGGGGAGGGCGGCGACAGUGGCGAUGCCAGCGGCGGGCCGAGCGUGGGGAACGGGCUGAACGGACUGAACGGGCUGGAGGAGGCCCUUCGGGGUCUCGCGGGAGUCGGCGAAGGUCGCGAGCGGUGGACGCGCGACGCCGCCGGCGCGCCGUGCCGCUGCGGUCUGGCCCCGUGGCUCCACGCGGUGCCCGACGAGGUGCUGGGCCCGCCCAACGCCAACGGGGCGCAGGUGCUCAUGUGGAGGCCGAGCGUGGGCGAGCCGCUGCUCGUCAUCCCGGCCAAACUCCAAAUGUGAACGCGGCGGUGACCGCGCGUUGCCUGCGUGCUGUCAUCCGGCAGCGGAGUCGCGGACAGCUGCUGCCCGUCACAGGAGACUAGGAACGCCAAGAUAAUGGAUUGCGUGAAAUCAGCCGGGGAGGAAAAUGUCGUCGUCUCUCGUGUGUCUGUCUUUUAUUCAUUGAAGAAGACGAGGAUUAUUUGGAUUCCAAGCUGCGUUUGCAAGUUGAUUGAAGGGCGGCCCCGAAUGCGAGUUUGUCGUCGCAUACGAUGGGAACCCCGGACGAUCCGUCGCUGGUUUCAAAAUUACGAAGAGUCUCGACACCUGGACUUGAAUCACGAGCCCGACACUAAUUCAAUGUGAGCUGCACAAUUUUUGUUUUGCUGUUUGCAGCACGGCGGUCAAGCGAGAGUUGCGUACGCGAGGGUUGGGGCAUUCGUGCGUCUCCGAUGAGAAUGUGGCGUUCGACUCCUCGUGUUCCGAAAGCCACUCAGAUGAGUGACCAACGCUUCUCGCUCGAGGGCGAACAAUUCGGGUGCCGGUGUUUUGGCACCACGCGCACACGUGCAGGACGUUUACAUGCGUUUCGCUCAGGCAAGAUGACUCUUCUUGCAAACAACGAAGUACUCCACUCAGCAAUGCGGCCUAUUUGAUAAUUUAUUUUGUGUGUGUACGCGUGCUUUAGUGCAAGCUGUAAGCCGACAGGGGCUGUACCAAAUAGUGGUGAUUUUUUUUUUCUCUUUCUUUUACAUUGACCUGUAAAAAUGCAAAAGGCCUAACUGUGAAUCGUGCUGUGGCAGACGCCGCCAAACAAACGGUGACGUACGUCUUCGCGAACGCUUAAGACGAUCCGCGAACAACAACAUCAACAACAUCAACAACAUCAACAAUUUCGAUUUAAAGCUUUUGUGACUGCAGGAAUUCAUCUUCUUGGUUCUUUCGGU